ACCGCCUCGUUGUUAGACCUGAAAAUGUGAAAGGCACGGGGCAAGGAUUCGUGAUUCACCUUCGAACCAAAUUUAACUUCUAGAUGACAUUUGUUCAUCAUGGAUUAUCAUAAUCAGCAAUCCAUAGUUUGUUUUUUAACGUUAUCGGCAUUUGAAAUUUGAAAAAUGGUAGCACUCACAAGAAGUCUAAACAUAGCUAGUGUGAUGUUAAAAUCGAUGUUCUGGACUUAUGGCAAAUUCUGUGCCUUACAUCCAUGGGAAGUGAUUAUUGGGACAUUAUCGGUGACUUUGUGUUUCAUGUCAAUGACCAUGUACUCAAGUGAAGUAAAAAUCUGUGGCUGGAACUAUGCAUGUUCUAACAUCGAUAAAAUGCAAUCCUUCAGUACAAUUGGUAUCAAAAUAGCAAGAGAUGUUGCUGUUAUGUCUCUCUAUUUGAAAUUUCGGGAUCUGAAGAAAAUUGGAUCUCAUUAUUUACUGACUGUGUCUGCAUUGUUUGCUCUGUUCUCCAGCCUGUUAUUUAGUAUUGCUGUAUUAAAUGUGGUUAAGAUUGAUCAUACUGGAUUCAGUGAGGCAUUUCCCUGUUUAAUUCUCCUUAUUGAUCUGUCCAGCGCUAGUACUCUUGCUUGUUUUGCCUUGGGUUCAACUUCACCUUAUGAAGUCCAGGACAAUAUUGCACAAGGUAUGUCCAAGCUUGGCCCAGCUAUCACUCUAGAUGCUAUCGUACAAACACUAGUAUUUGGUGUGGGCACACUAUCUGGCUGGAAACAAUUAGAAACUAUCAGCUACUUUGCUUGUCUUUCUGUAUUAGCCAACUAUUUAGCACUUAUGACCUUCUAUCCUGCUUGUUUGGCUUUAAUGCUUGAGCUUUGUCAUGGUGUAAUCCACGAGCAGCCAGUGUCAAAACUUCAAUUUAUAAUGAACAAAGAUGGGGAUGAAGAACAAAAGUCAAAUCCUGUUAUACAAGUGGUCAAAAUCAUUAUGUCUACUGGUUUGGUUUUUGUACAUGUCUACAGCCGAUGGAUUACUGAUAGUGUAAAAGGUGCAGAUACAAUGUUGUAUCAAAAUAUCAUUUCUACAUCAGAUAUGAAUCAGAAAAUCCAGCCAGAGAUAUCUUUCUGGCAGUUUUAUUUAGGCAGACUGUUUACAGCUGAUUAUGCUACCACACUGUUGUUGAUCAUCCUGUUGGGAUUAAAAUAUAUAUUUUUUGAUGUUAAUAUUGACACCAGCAUGGGCAGUUUAUUGAAAGAUAAGAGAAACAAAGUUGAAAUAUCUACACAGACAUGUUUUGAAUCACCUCAGUCAUCAGAAUGUUUGAAAUCCCUUAAAAAUUCAUCAGAAACUGAAGAACGUCACCAAGUAAAGAAACCUAGUGAAGGAAUCAGUGCAUUAAGUAACAAAGAAAUUAUUGAGCUUGUCAAAAAGAAACAUAUAGCUGGUUACCAACUGGAAAAAGUUCUAGGUGACUUUGAAAGAGGAAUUGAUGUCAGGAGGGGACUUAUUGAUGAAAACUUAACUGACAAAAGUGUGAUGGAAAAACUUCCUUUUAAGAACUACGAUUAUUCUGCUGUUUAUGGAGCAUGUUGUGAAAAUGUCAUUGGUUAUAUCCCUGUACCUGUUGGUGUAGUAGGUCCAUUAUUUAUGAAUAGUAAAGACUAUUAUGUUCCCAUGGCCACUACUGAAGGCUGUUUAGUUGCUAGCACCAAUAGAGGUUGCACAGCUUUGAAGAAAAGCGGUGGUGUACGCAGCUUCCUCUUAAGUGAUGGUAUGACGAGGGGUCCGGUUGUACGGUUCCCAACAGCGGAAGAAUGCAUGAAAUUAAAACAUUGGCUCAAUGAAAAAGAAGCAUUCCACUUUGUUCAAAAGAAAUUUAAUGAAACUAGUCGUUUUGCUAAAUUAACUAGCUUGCAAGCAAAUCUAGCUGGAAGAUACUUAUUUAUUCGAUUUGUAGCUACAACUGGUGACGCCAUGGGAAUGAAUAUGCUUUCUAAGGGAGUGGAAAAUGCUCUUAGAGUAUUGAAAGAAAAAUUUCCUAACAUGGAAAUUAUGAGUGUUAGCGGUAAUUAUUGUACAGAUAAAAAAUGUGCUGCCAUUAAUUGGGUUAAUGGUCGAGGCAAAAGUGUGGUGGCUGAAGCAGUAAUUCCUGGCAAGGUUGUACGAGAAGUUCUUAAAAUUAAUGUGUCUGCAUUAGUUGACCUAAAUAUUGCUAAAAAUCUUGUUGGUUCAGCUAUGGCAGGUGCACAGGGAGGCUUCAAUGCUCAUUCUGCUAACAUUGUUACUGCUGUAUAUAUUGCUACUGGCCAAGAUCCAGCAGAAAAUGUGUCCAGUUCUAAUUGUAUAACUUUAAUGGAAACAACAGGGGACAAUAAUUCUGAUCUUUAUAUCAGUUGUACAAUGCCUUCACUAGAACUUGGGACAGUUGGUGGGGGAACAAGACUACAACCGCAAGCUGCGUGCUUGAAAAUGCUUGGAGUAGAGGGACCCAAUAAAACACCAGGGAAGAAUGCUGAGACAUUUGCACAAAUUGUUUGCAGUACUGUGUUAGCUGGAGAACUGUCCUUAAUGUCAGCAUUAGCUGCUGGACAUUUAGUGAAAAGUCAUAUGCAACAUAACAGAGCACCAACAGAAACAGUAAAAUGCAGCAUUUAAAUUGUCUUGUCUUUGUUGGUUCUUUUAUGAAUUUGUUUUGAAGGAAACUUCUUUAUUAGCCCUCAAUUUCACAUUUGGUUUCUUUUUUAUUUGUCUGUUUAAUUAUGUUAUAAAAUCUAGCAUCUUUUACUUAAAUAUAAAAUGUUAGCAUAAAAAUUAGUAAUUAAAAAAUUGCCCAUCUUGUGUAAAUUCUUUUCAUUUAAAAAUAUUUUCAUACUAUUUAGUCAGAGAAGGAGAAGCUGCUCUCUUGACCCUUGAUUUUUCGGGAGAUGAAAGAUAGGAAGUUAGCCUCAAACUGGGGACUUGGCAUGAAUGUUGAACAGAGUUGUCUUUGUUAAAAGCAGAUCUUGUGGGGUUGUUAAAAUGAAUAUCAGAUUCAGUCUGUCUCUCAAGAAUGCAAAGAGCUGGAACACACAUUCUCUUCCAACACUUUAACAAUCCCAUUAAUCCUCUUGGGUCACAACAUUAUUUUAUACACUACCAGAAGGAUGAAAGACAAAGCUGACCCUGAUGCAAUUUGAACUUGUAGCACACAGUGAGAACAAGUAUACUGCUUUAACCCUUUUGUCAUCAUAUUUCUAUUGAGAUGCUCUGUGUUUCUUUCAGUUAAUUUUAGAUAUAACAAAGAAUUUAGUAAAUUACGCUAGUGUUAGGAACAUAAAUUGUAACUAAUGUUUAGGAGAUUUUAAUUUAGAACUUUUGAAAACAAAGCCAGAAGCGGUUUCAGCCGGGUUGGUGUCAAAAGGGUUUUAAUGGCUGCCAAUUCACCUCCUAUGAUAUGUAGGCAUAUCUGUGGAUGAGUUCUAUGAAAACUAUAAAAUGGUGAAAUACAGAUAAAUAAAAACAGCUGAAACAAACAACAUAAAAACCAUGCAGUAUAAAAGUUGUGUGGGAACCUGAUGGAAAGACAAUAACAAAAUGUAUUUGGAGUUGUUAGGAACUAGUAUGUCAGGUGAUAAUCAGUGAGAAUGACUGAUUAAAAAAUGAAUGUAAUUGUAGCAUUGAAAAAAAAAUCCAAUAGAAUUAAUAUGUGAAUGAAAGGUGUAGCCAGCAGCUAACAAUAGGCUAAAAAUCUUGAGCAUAUUCAGAAAAGGAAACAAUGUUUUUUUUUUCAAAUUUGUUAUUCUAGGAAAUGGUGAAACUUUUAGAACCUGAUAGGUUACUGUUUAAUGUUUUGUCAAAAUGUGAUACAGAUGAACUAUAGCAGCAACAGAAUGAUAUUGACACAUGUUUAUAACAAUAUGAAAUCAGUAUGUGCACAACAAUGCAAUAUCAACACAUAACAAUGUUGAUAUUGAUACAUAUUAUGCUAUAGUGACUUGACAUUUUUAUGUCAACAAAGGCUAUAGCAGUCAUUAUAACAUGAUAUCAACAUGUAUAGUGACUGUAACAUCAACAAAUGUAAUAGCAAUGUAAUAUUGAUGUGCUACAAAAAUUUGAUAUCAACAAGUCCUGUAAUCUACAUCAACAGAGGCAUAUUAGAUAAAUUAACAUAUUAUACCAGCACAAUGUCUAUAACAAGAUAUAAAACGAAAACAUGCUACCAACAUCUGCUGUAAUAUAAUACCCACACAAAUUAGAGACACAAAAAUGGAUUGUUAGGACAAGGGACAACAACCACUUGAAAUAUAUAUAAUUUCAACCUUAAAAAAGAUAUUGUGCUAUAAUAUAAAGGCUAUCCAAAUAAAAAGUAUAUAUGAGCUUCAGUACUCAUUCUUCAAUAUAAUUUUUGUUUUUAACAAAGCAUAUAUAUUGUUUUUCUAUAUGCAUUAAAAUGAAAAGCUAAGCAGCAUAACUGGUUAGACAAGUUUUAAUAUGUUUAGACUGUGACUUAGCAGAAUCAGUAAAACAACAGAUAAAAUAUCAUGUGGUAUUUAGUUCUGCCUUAUCACAUUCUGAUUUCAGAUGGCCUUUCAUCAUUUUGGGGUUGAUAAAAUAAGCUUCAGGAAACAUUUUGAGGUCAAAAUAACUAACUUAACCUUUUCCUUCUCCCAAAUGUAAGACCUUGUAUCUAGUUUAGAUUUCUCUCUUACAUCUCUGUACGUCUAUGAUGCAGUGUCUUGACUAGCUUGUUAAAUUUACUUCUCUACAAACACCUCAUAACCACUUUAAUUAUACACUAACAUUAACUUAUUUGUUUUAUAUUGACAGUUCAUAAUGAACAAAACUAUCACUUAAAAUGUCUUUCAAUGUCUUCCAACUAUAGAAACCUGACAUAUCAAAUUACAUCAGAAUAAUUUAUAAUAUUAAAUUUAAUCUUUAAAGAAUCCGUUAUGGCAAUAGACAUAACAGUUUUAAGGUUUCAAUUUGUCCAGAGUUGUGAGGAACAUGUAAUGUAAGUUGGCUAGGUUUCUCUUCAUAUUCACUUUCUAACAUUUGAAAAAAAUAUUUAUUAUAUAUCAUGUUUUGUUUAGUUGAAUUAAAAAUUAAUCCUCUUGCCAACCUCUUAUUUAUAUUCAUCUUAUGUUGUGCUUUCAUCAAUUUUUUUCUUAUUGGGUUUUCACAAGAAGUUUUCAAUAAAACUUGUUCUAAAAUGUUUUUAAAUGCUUUGACUAAAACUACAUUCAUGGUUCUGGGUGGUUUUCAAACACAAAUAAAACUUUUUAUAUGAAAAACUAUAA